AUGCGCCGUCGCCGGCUGAGCACCCAGCCGGGCGCAGCCAUCACCCGUGCCCAGCUCCCACCCCGGGUGUCCGCAGGAACCACCCGGCUGGCCAGCCCCUAUUUGCUCAGGGUGUUUGCGGUUUCCCGAAGCAGCUGUUCAGUGUUGGAAGGAAAAACGCUGAGCAGCUGUUCAGCGUUGGAAGGAAAAGCGCUGAGCAGCUGCAGAAACCAGGAUUGCUUCUGUGCAGGAGCUGCCAUCGGGGAAGACGCGGCCUCCAAGGUCUCAGGCGUUUUUACUCCCAGCUCUGCUGCUGAUAAGCCCGAUAGCCCUGCCCGGGAUGGCGGCGCGGCGGGGCUGAGCGGGCCGGGCCGGGCCGGGCCGGGCCGGGCCGGGGCCGGGAUGGACGGCCCGAGGGGGGGCUGCCCGCCCGCCGCCCCGUCGCGGGCGAAGCUGCCGCUCGGCAUCGUCUUCUCGACGGCGCUUUUCUGCGGGGAGGGGGCGGCGGCCGCCGUGCUCUGCCUCUCCUACGGCCACUCCGACGACCGCUUCUGGCUGGCGCUCACCGUCUUCUUCGUGCUCUGCCCCUCCGUCCUGGUGCAGCUCACCCUCAUCUUCGUGCACCGCGACCUCAGCCGCGACCGCCCCCUCGUCCUGCUCAUGCACUUGCUCCAGCUCGGGCCCAUCAUCAGGUGUAUGGAGGCCUUGGUGGUGUACUGCUGGUCGGGGAAGGAGGAGGAGCCCUACGUCACCAUCACCCGCAAGCGGCGGCUGCGGGAAGGCUACGAGGUGGAGAUGGAGCAGGAGGUGGGCCACUCGGUGCGCCGGCUGGCCACCCACCGCAACGCCUUCAAGCGCAUGGCGGUCAUCCAGGCCUUCCUGGGCUCCACCCCGCAGCUCACCCUCCAGCUCUACAUCAGCGUCCUGGAGAAGUACGUCCCCGCCGCCCGAGCCGUCCUCAUGGGCAUCUGCCUGGUGUCGGUCACCUACGGGGCACUCGUCUGCAAUAUCCUCGCCAUCCAGGUCAAGUACGAUGACUACAAGGUCCAGCUGCGGCCGCUGGCCUUCCUCUGUAUCGUGCUGUGGCGCAGCCUGGAGAUCUCCACCCGCGUGGCCGUCCUCGUGCUCUUCAGCACCGUCUUCAAGCACUGGAUCAUCCCCAUCGCCCUGGCCAACCUGCUGGUGGUCUUCUUCUUGCCCUGGGUGCAGUUCUGGCGGAGCGGCACCCGCCUGCCCGACAACAUCGAGAAGAACUUCAGCCGGGUGGGCACGGUGGUGGUGCUCUGCGCCUUCACCCUCCUCUACGCCAGCAUCAACAUGUUCUGCUGGUCGGCCGUGCAGCUCAAACUGGCCGACCGGGACCUCAUCGACAAGUCGCAGAACUGGGGCCGCCUGGCCAUCUACUACGUGGCCCGGCUGGCGGAGAACACGGCCCUCGUCGUCCUCUGGUACUUCUUUAAGACAGAUGUCUACGAGAACAUCUGCACCCCACUGCUGGUGGUGCAGCUGCUCCUUGGCUACUGCAUGGGCAUCUACUUCAUGCUCCUCUUCUUCCAGUACCUGCACCCCUGCCGCCAGCUUUUCCGGCACAACGUCGCUGACUACCUGCACUGCGUCUGCUGCCGCCGGCACCCGCCGGGGACCCCUCUGCACCUCCAGGUGCCUUAUGAGCCCGGCGUGAGGCACAGCAUCGUCUGAGGCACGGCCAGCACCCGGCUCCUCCAGCCGGCUACAGACACGGGGCCGGGCAGCGCUGGGCUGCGCCGGCAGCCGGAGGGGUCCCCGGGUGUCCCCGCGGUGGCAGGGGGACAGGAGUGUGUCUGCCUGCCUGCGACCACGCACGUGGACACGAAGGACUUAAGGGGUGCCCGAACCUACAGGCUGGCUGCCGUGCGGUGCCCCGACCGCCCGCUCCGGAACAUAUGGUGACCCCAGGGCCACGGGUGCCAGUGGGACUGGUUUAAGCAGUAAAGAAACUUUGCUGUG